UCUCGUUCACCCAAACAAUUCGUUCAAAAAGAACGAAUCGUUCGCGACCGAUACAACACUAGUCCAUAUACUCUUCAACACCGACAUCAACUAGGGGGGGAAGGUUUUCAGUGUUUAAGAACAUUUUGGAACACUUUUAUUUAAAGACAUGAAUUUCAGACUAACGGAAGGGGCGAUAGAGUCCCUUUUCAAAGAGAUUCCAGUCAAAAAUCCAGUGUUGCAACUUAUGAACAUCCGUGAGUGCCCGCCUGGAAAACAAGGACAAUCCCGGUACCGCUUGAACCUGAGUGACGGCGUGCACAGUUCGUCCUGUUUCGUGUUGGCGUCGCAGUUGAACCAUCUGAGUGAAGACAAGCAACUGGAGCCAAACUGCGUGUGCGUGCUCAAGAAGACCAUCUCUUCGAAUGUGGCCAGCAAGCAAGUUCUAGUGGUGUUGGAAAUGGACGUGUUGCAGACUGCUGCUGCGGCAGGAGGCAAGAUUGGCAAUCCCAUACAGUUAAUUGACACUGCGGGCCAGGAGGAGGCAGCCAGAAGCACUAACAGUUCCAAUGAAAUACCUGGACCCUCCAGAACCAGCACAAGCAGUUGUGAAAACUCUCCGAUGAAGAUUUCUCAGAUGAAAGGUACUGGAAAAGCUGCCACCUUGAAAAGCUUCGGGACCGAAUUCACGCCAAUAAACAAACUCAACCCAUAUUUGAGCAAUUGGACGAUCAGAGUACGAGUGACCCACAAGUCGGACAUCCGCAAUUGGAGCAACUCCAGAGGGGAUGGCAAACUCUUCAGCUUUGACGUGACGGACCAGAGCGGAGAGAUCAGGAUCACCGCCUUCAACAUCCAAGUGGACAAGUUUUUCUCACUGGUGGAGCCGAACGAGGUCUACCUGAUCUCCAAAGGCUCUCUGAAGUUGGCCAACAAGCAGUUUGCGACACUCAACAACGAAUACGAGAUCACGCUGUGCGCCAACUCGUGCGUGUUGCCCUGCAAGGACGGCUGGGACGUGCCAUCCGCACGCUGUAACUUUGUGCCAAUCUCAGCGCUGGAGGACAAGGACCCUGAUGCAUCACCGAUCAUCGACGUGAUCGGCGUGUGCCAGGAGGCUGAGGAAGUGUCGCAGAUCACCACCAAGGCUGGCAAGCAGCUGACUAAAAGAGAGCUGGCGCUUAUCGACUCCAGUGGAAAGAUGGUGACACUCACACUGUGGGGUGACCAGGCACAGAAGUUCAAUGCUUCCUGUCACCCGGUGGUAGCCAUCAAAGGGGCUCGCUUGUCAACGUUCGGGGGACGCUCGCUGACGGCGGUCUACGGCUCUACGCUGAUGGUGAACCCCGAAAUCCCCGAGGCCUACAAGCUCAGAUACUGGUACAACCAGGUGGGCUACGCCCACAACGUCCGGUCCUUGACUGACUCCCGGUCGACAGCCGGCGAGUUCACCACCAACUGGAAGUCUUUGAGUGACGUUAAGACUCAACAGCUGGGACACGGCGAGAAGGCUGACUUCUUCAGCUGCGUGGCCACUGUGGUCUUCGCCCGCAAGGAGAAUUGCCUUUACAAGGCAUGCCCUGCUGCGUCCUGCCACAAGAAAGUUCACCAGCAGGAGAACGGACGCUUCCGCUGUGACAAGUGCUGCAAGGACUACCCUGGCUUCAAGUACAGAUUCAUGCUGUCUGUGAACUUGGCUGACUUCGGGGACAACAUGUGGGCUACGUGCUUCCAGGAGACGGCGGAGACCUUGCUUGGUCUCUCCGCUGAACAACUGGGAGAACUGAGGGACACGGACGAGACCGCAUUCAACGAGGUCUUCCGAAAGGUCCACUUCAGCACGCACGUCUUUAGGAACAGAGUCAAGCUGGAGACAUACAACGACGAAUGCCGUAUAAAGGUGACCGUUUUGGAGGUCCUGCCCGUGGACCACCGGCAGCACAGCAGGAAUCUUUUGAACAGCAUCCGCACUCUGGCCCAAAGGAAUUGAUCGGCACCUGAAACUCGGCUGACUCACGUGGGCCGAGAGAGCCCAUCCUUAUAAAAUCAUGUUCUUUUAUUUAUUAUUAUUUUAAAUUGAAGAAGCUCUUUUGUUGCUGUGUGAACUUUGUUUCAUAAUCUUCUGAUAAAGAAGCUCUUUUUUGUCAGA